AUGUCGGAUACAGAACCAAUUGUCGGUCAAGGGGAAACAACCGCAACUCCGAAGAAGCCACUGAUAAGACGAAGUAAUUUUCGAUUACUGGUCCUUGGCGUGUUUUACCUGCUGUUUUUGGUGAUCGGCGCGGCUGUGUUCGCUGCCAUCGAGGGGCCUGGUGAGUCCGAUCUAGUGACGCACAUCAAAGCCGUCAGGGUGAAAUUCUUCGAUAAGCAUAAACAUUGCAUACCUG